AGGCUCGUCUGCUGAUGACGGCAAGGAAGAAUACGAAUAAAAUUCAGAUGAAUAAACCUAAUAGAACAACCACAGGCAUGCAGAAUCCAAAAAUGACCGAACCUCCAAGAGGUUAUCUCCCCUUCUACCUCCCCUCCAGACGCGUUGUCACCGCUUCUCUCGCAGCCUCCUCCACAGCCGUCUUUGUUGGUUUUCUGUACCGCCUUGAUGAGAGGGAAAUCGUGACAGCAGAGGAAUUUCGAGAACAAAGCGACUUAUUCGACAAGUACAACUUCGAGACGUUUCAACAAAGUCUUCCGAAUUUUGGAAAUGGCGAUCCUACGAACUUCUUUGCGAAGAGUGGGCUCUUUGAUGAGUUAUGGAAAUUAUAGGAAGAGGAUAUUUAUAUUUGUACUAUGUAAGUACAAGUAGAAAAUAUGAUAACCCGCCAAACCCAUGAUGUUGAUGAUUUAGCUUUUUUUUUCAUCGAUCCUUCCGCCAAGCUAGCUUACUUUUUUGAAGGUCGUGAAAGGAGAAAAAUCAUGGGCAUGACGAUGAUCAUAUGAUAUGUUUUUUAAAAUUUUUGAUUUUUUUUAGAUUUUUGAUCCCAGCAGCUAGGACGCAAGAAGUAGAAACCAAAUCAACUACAUAGAGUGCAUCUACACACCCCUUGUUCAUAUUACGUUGACGAAGACGAUGAAGAAGAAAGAGAAAGACUACGAGAACGACAAGAAGAAAUACAAAUAUUGUCAUCAGAGGACUACAACUACGUGAAGGACGACUUGUUGUCCGACUUUGAUGAAGAGGAUUUCAAUCCCGAUGAAGAUACUGAAGAUAAAAGAUUGCUACUGUUUCAACAACUUUUCAAGCAGUAUGAAAAACAAAAUAUGUUGAAACUGACCACUGCCUAUAGAUGGGAUAGCAGAAGUUUUAAUCGGCGCGCGAAGAAUCGUCCACAUCAUCCAGAUGAAACUGAAUCUUCAAAAUCAGAUGUUGAUGAUCCAACUUCUAUUUCUAGCUCUUCUCUACGUCUACCCGAAGAGCAUCUACCUGAAGAGCCACUAGAUGAAACACUAGCAGCACAUCAGGACGAGUCACCCGGACGUCCAACAGUAGUUUUAGUCCAUGGUGCAGCGGUUGGAUCACUCAACUACAUCCAUUUCCAGGAAUACAUCGCGGCACAAGGGUAUCCGUGUGUGAUAUACGAUCAGUUUGCUCGUGGGUUUUCGGACCGACUUCAUUCGCAGCUUUCAACCAAUGAUUUACUGCUAGAACUAGGUAGCGAUGUCUCUUCUCGAUCCAACGACUUUUUUACGCUGCUGCUAAGGCAGUUGGGCGCUUUACUGGAUCAUCUGGAGGAGGAGGAAGGGCGACGAGUUAUGAUAGUCAUGAUGUGCUUGUGCUAUUCAAGGUAAUCAGUGGACCUUAUCUCAGCGACGUCUCCCUGUGGGUCCACAAGCACGAGUGAGGCUCAAUUUCAUUUUCGCCAGGCUGUCGCACUUAGCGUUCUAGCUGGAGUGGAUCCCCUUGGAUCUUGAGUCUUGAAUUCGCCAUCCGUGAUAUAAUUCUAAGAUCUGAAUUUCAUACCUGACGCUGAUGCGGUAAACUUCGUGUCCUCAAAAACCUUGUCCUUCCCAAGCUUCUUCUUUAUCUUCCUCAUCCUCGUCUUUGCCAUGUGAUUUUCAUGCCUGAUGCGGUAAUCACUCUAGUAGUACUUAGACAAAGGUCUGUAUUUGUUAACAGAACACCUCGCCUUCAUCUCCUUCUUGAUCUUGAUGUUAACUAGGAAGACCUCGCUUUCAUCUCCUUCACGACCUUUACCUUUUCCUCCUUCCAACAUCCUCUUCAUGUUGCAAAGACCUCCUACUACAAGGCAGAAGUUCGUGCUCUAUGGCGUGUCUAUGGGUGCAACGAUCGUCGCACGUUUUGCGGCAAUGUUUCCAGAGCGCAUAUUGGGAUUAGGGUUUCAAGUGCCAGUUGUACACGGUCUCGGAUAUGCAGCUGGUCGUACGAUGAUGUAUCCAUUGAGAAUCCCUUAUGCGUGGUGUGUUGAUGUUAUCGGAGUUGGUCUUUUUACUAGUGAUUUUCAUUUUGCUGAAUCUGAAAGAAGGAGAAGCGUGAUGUUACCUGAUGGCAAGAUGUAGUCGUUCGUGAGUUGUUGGCACGAGAUCGGCCAUUAGGCAAGUGUUGAAGCAACUUUCUCGACUCCAUCGGACUCCUUUCAUUUUCCACUGCUGCGAGACGUUUUUGCCAGAUUCGUAUUGGCAAGACGUGCGAUCAGGCGAAGCGAAGUGGUGGUGGAGGGAUCCUCCAAGAACCAAACAGCCGAAUUGGUAGACGUUCAUGAGGAAUCUACAACACCUCCUCCAACUCCUUCUCCCGCAGAGGUUGCCAGAUACAUUCGAGCAUCCUUUGAAGUACAUGGAACGGAAGCAGACUUCGUAGAAGUGCUGACAGAUGAUGCAAUAUUAAGGACUGUAGACGUUGGUAUUGGUUUAUUCACGUUCUUGCCUCAACUAUAUGUAUCUUUGUAGAACAAAAAGAGUGGUUGGUAGUGAAAUUCAAAUUAGCUCAAAAAGUAGAUGUAGAAGUAGAAAGAUAUUUGUGUAGCUUUGCGGUUACUUUCAUCAGAUGUUGCUUUCUCUUCACCGCUCUAACACCCAUGUGGCAGAGCAGCAUCGCAGACCAUCAAAGAAUAGCUGCUCGCGCUUUCCCUGUCCUGGUUCAAUACGCCAUCGAUGAUCGCGAAAUUUCACGUCAUUCUGUGGAAAGCGACCUACUGGAAAACGUAUACGGCAUAUCAGCUGUCAACGGACUGGAGCUCGGACACGACUUCCGAGGGAUCGGAGGAGCUUUCGAGGAUUUCGAUUUUGGCAAUAAGCGGAAUAAAAAGCAAAGAAGAAGACGGGGUUUAGUUUCUGUAGAGAAGUACACUGGCGGUCACUUUAUGGCAGCACAGAACUUUCAAAAAGUGUCUGCUGGAAUUCUUAAGUUUCUGAACAGUAUCUGAAUCUGUCUCUGGGGGAUUUUUUUGGAACAGUAACUAAAAACAUUCUUUUAGAAGGAGGUAUUUUUUGUUUGUAAAGUGUCAGUCUAGGUCUACUGCAUGAUAGCUCACAUGCAUGAAAAAGGCUUUUCACAUAAUGCUGCUGUGUUAGAGACGAUUAUAGCCAUCCAUUCCAUAACCAGGCCCGACAUGACAUUGCAACGAAGGUCAGAGAUAGAAUGAAUAGUUGUGACCAGAAAUAGGCUGUACUAGCUAGCAUUCAAAUUUUUCAAUUCUCCAGCAAGCAUGUUGAGUCAUUCCGUUUCCGAGAAAGGAUGAGGACGUACUGAAUUAUAUAAAACCUCUUCCGAAGUACUUAUGUGGUUUACACUGCAAAUACAAGUUGCCUCUGGAUAUUUUUUCGGAGACAGCACCAUUCUUUUACUUCUACUUGCGGACGGAAUUGCACAGAGUUUUUGAAAGCGUUGCUGAUCAACACAGCAUCAAUCUACUGCGUGAGCACAGACCUAGCUCGAAACGAUCAUUGACGCAAGGCGCUGUAAGGACGCUGAUAGACGAGCAUCGUGGUGAAC